GUGACUUGUCAAAGCAAAAUUUUCUCUCCACAUUGCGACUGCUUAUUUUGUUUCCUUCUUUCUUAACAUUUGCUUUUUUCUACUCACUUACUAUGCCUGUCAGAUCGCCCACUAUGAACUCAACCGCUGUUCAAGAAAUCCCUACACAAGAUAUGUCAAAGAGUUUAAUACCCACUCUUUCUGAAAAGGAAGAGACAAAUGAAAAUGUCAGUAAAGAGAAAUUGGCCAACAUGAAGCUUAUCAUGAAGACAUAUGUUUUAGGCGCUUUGCGAGAAAAAGAACAGGGCAAUACUUCUCGGUAUAAUGAAUUGGUAGAAACACUCAACAGAGAUCCUUCGGGCCCAGAAGCACCUUCCACAUUGAAGCUAUACACAUGGAUUGUUGUGCUGUCCCAAUCUGUAUCAUUGCUCGACAAAUCUUGUUCUACACUUGUCGAAGCUGCUUUACAGGUCGAUUGGAGCUUCCGCAAUAGAGGAUUUGUGAAUGCAUACAUUGGUUUUUUGGAAAACUUAGUUUCUGCUCAUGCAUUCUAUGUUGUCCCUAUUUUAAAUUCACUUGUUGAAGGAUUCAGAUACCGUCUUCGUUUGCCUGAAAAUGCUACUGUUGCUCGUACUACAUCUUAUGAUCGUUGUCACGAAGCUCUUCAAUGUAUUCUUCAAUUGAUUCCUACAGGUGCCAAUUCACUUUUUGUUAGUCUGGUACGCUUUAUGCCUCACAAGCGAUUUAAUUCUGCUGAGCAAGCUGCCUAUAUCAAAAAUAUUCUAUCCGUUGCUGAGUAUGUUCCCAUGUUGCGCAAACAAAUCCUUGGUCUGGUAGUUGAUCAAAUGGUUCAAAUAGACGCACAAAUCCAAAUCGAGCUGGACGAAAUGGACGAAGAUGUCGAAUUUGACGUUUAUAACUUAGAUUUUGAUCAGGAUUAUAACUCUGAAAACAGUGAUUCUGAAGACGAUGACGAUGAGGAGGAUAUUUCUGAUGAUGAUUCUGUAGCUUCAGACUAUAUAGCCGACCACAACGAUUCUGUUCAACAAAUUAAAUACAUGGUUCGCAAAUUGGAUGCUAUGAUGAAUUUGACAUUCCAAUACUUUGAAAGAAGCUCAAAGCAGGCUUCUGUUGAUGUUCAAAACGAAAUCUUUUAUGCUUUGGUAGACAUCUUUGACAGGUCCAUUCUCAAGACAUUAAAAUCGCGAUACACACAAUUUUUGCUGUUUUACUAUUGUUCCUUGAAUGUUAAUGUCUACAGCGCUUACUUUUUGGACCACUUGAUCAAGCAUAUUACUGAUCCUUUAAAGCCUAAUGUUACCCGUGUCUCUGCUGCUGCCUACAUUUCUUCCUAUGUUGCUCGUGCCAAGUUUUUAGAUUCCAGUACAAUUCAGGGUCUAAUCUCUGUGCUAUCUGUUUGGUGUGACAACUAUGUUGAUCAAAACGAAUCUUUGAUUCGUGGUUUAGAUUGUACGAAACAUGAUGUGCUUUAUGCUGUAGUUCAAGCUAUCAUGUAUAUCUUUUGUUUCCGUUGGAGAGAUCUUGUGAUUGACAACGAUCUUGAAAUCGAAGAAGAAAUGGAAGAAGAGUCACCCAUGUCAGAAGAACAUCGUCGUUUAACACAUCCUGAAUCAGGUUUUGGCAGUGGUGCUAGCCGUACUUGGUGUGUCGGUUUGCGCAAUUUACCUCGUUUGGUGAUGAGUAAAUUCAAUCCAUUGAAAUUGUGUGCUCCUGCUGUAGUCCGUCAAUUUGCCAAAUUGGCUCGCAACACUCACUUUAUGUAUGUAUACCCUGUCUUGGAAAAGAACCGAGAAGUAUUUGUUCCUGGUUUAGGAAGCGCCAACUUACUACAAACUGUGCAAACAUUCUUUCCAUUUGAUCCAUUCAAGCUAGAAAGCAGUCGAGGUUUUAUUGAUCCCAUCUAUUUUGAAUGGAUCUCUGAAGACGACGAUGAAGACGAUGAUGAAAGUGAAGAAGAAGAAGACACCGAAGAUGAGGAUGUAACUUCAGGGAUGAUGGCUAUGAGUAUUAGUCCUAGCCCUACUCAUUAUUUACAAUAAUCUCAUCCGUCAUCACUUCAAACUUCCUACAUGUUCUAUACACUGCCUUAUUGCAUAUUAUUCAUUUCAAUAAUAAAUUACUUUUUUGUCAACUUUA